UGUAGGGCGGAGGCGCUAAAUACUUGUGCUCGUCGAUCUUUCCGUACUAUGUACAUCCUACAGGUAUAUGUACAGCCUACAGGUCUAUGUACAGCCCAGCAAUAGGUUCAAGGAUGAUGGGCAUCAAGAUCAUCCUUCGAAAUGGAGUAUGUACGCAACUACGGAUUACCCACAACGCUGGCAGCCAAAUGAUCAAUGGAUGGCUCCUGAAGGACCAGAACUCCUGAUGAUUGUCGAACAACAAUAUUAUAUGUAGUGCACGUGGACAAAAAACUGAUGACACAUUGUUCUUGUGUUGAGAGUCAUAAUGAUAUUUCUAAAAAUAAAAAUUAAAACGAAGAAGAUGUCCUACAUAUAUAUCUCGGAAGAAUCUGUCAGUGCACUUACUAAUUACAACCCGUGAAUCAAUUCUUUCAGUGAAGAUGUCAGUCUCAGAAGAGCCAGAAACCCUCUCCAAUAUUCUCAAAAAGGGUGAAGUACCUGCCGAUCAACCUAUUCAGAACGACGAUGGAUCACUGAACCUUGCGAACCAACAAGCGUUGGUACAUUGUGGACGCUGCAGUUCUUAUUUUAUGGCAUGUGCAUGUGAGAUGGAUGGGCAUGGGAUCGACAGUGUGAUUACGGGCGCUCCUGAUCCUAGAGUUGAUGCGAAGCCCAUUGAGCUUCUCAGGCGGUGGGCUUCUCUAAUGGUGCUUAUACCCACACUCUACCAGUUUGAUAGCAAGGCCUAUGUUGAGGAAGACGGGCCAGCACUGAGUAAGGCCUUGGAAGAGAGUGGUAGUAAGGUUGUAGAAAUGACUGAGGCAUAUAUCAAGAUGAACCAUCCCGUCACAGAUCAGAUAGCCAAGAUGUUUGAGAGUUGGAAGCUGCCGCUGUCUGAAGCACCCAAGCAAGCCGUACAUGACGAACUACGUGCGAGCACAAGAGCGUUUAUAAAAGGGGAUUUCGCAUGUGUUACAAAGAUUGGAAGGGUGAUGAUCAACAACGCGUUCCAGAUGUGCGACCAGUCUAAAUACUCAAUGAAUGAUCUAAAGCUACAGGUCAUGUUUGUUGUGCUCAACGUUCUUGACCAGGUGAUGUCUAUCGAAUUCACGGCACCAUACCAGUUCCUGAGCAUGGAGGCCUAUAGGAGUGAGAGUGUAAUUGCCAAACAAUUUUGGGAUAAAUACACCAGUGAGGAGACAUGAAAUCAAUUAAAUGGCACAUUUAAACAUUGCCAGUAACCAG